AUGGCCUCUACCGGCCGGUUGCUGGGUCUGACCGAGCUGGGCCUGAAAUGUGACCAGCAGAUUGAGAGGAGAUAUGAGAUUGUGCCCUCUGUGGUCUGUUCCAUGAGCUGCCUUUUUGGAAUCAUCUACUGCUUCUUUGGCUACAGAUGCUUCAAGGCCGUGCUGUUCCUUACAGGCUUAAUGUUCGGCUCUGUGGUCAUCUUCAUGCUGUGCUACAAGGAGAGAGUGAUGGACACUCAGCUCAGCAUAGAGGCAUCAGUGGGCAUCGGCCUAGGAAUUGGGACUUUGUGCGGCCUGGUGACAAUGUUGGUCCGCAGUGUCGGGCUGUUUAUGGUGGGCUUACUGCUGGGCCUAUUGGUUGGAGUGGCUUCACUGGUGGUCAUGGAGGAAUUUUACCACCCCCGAACAGUGUGGGUUCCUUUGGGAAUCCUUCUGGGUUCUGGAACCCUAUUUGCUGUCCUCACUCUUCAGUGGCAGCGCUGCUUUGUGACCUUUUCGACCGCUACCUUUGGAUCAGCCAUCAUCACCAUCACGGUGGAUUACUUCAUAGAGCUGUUCGCGAUGGUUCACUACGUCUACGAGAGACUCAAGGUAGCGCCCAAAAAGCAAGUCUGCUGGUUCACGUGGGUCAUCAUGGGAGUGUGGCCGGUCCUCGCACUACUUGGCGUGCUGAUUCAGUGGAAAGUCACAGCAGAAGGUUUUUCUCACACAGAGGUGGUUUUAAGUCGACAACAAAGGAGAGUGCAGCUCAUGCGUAUCCGGCAGCGAGAAGAGAGGCUCAAAAAGGAGAACGAGAACAAAAAGAAAAAACAACAGAACCAGAAGAGCAGCCAAAAGCAGAAGGCCAACGGCCGUCACCACCAGCAGUACCACCACCCGGCGACGUCCCACCCCCACCACCCAGCCCGGAGCACGCAGCCCCCGAAAGUCCCUCCCUCCCAGACUGAGCCAGGCUUCCAUCGCAAGCCGAACCCAAAAAAGCGCUUUGAAGGAGAUGUGCUUUCACCGAGCUACAUCCGCAGUUUCAGAGACAGACAAACAGACAGACGAGCGUACUCCCACAGUCGAAUGAUGAGCCGCUCCCGGAUGGCUGAACUCGACUAUGACUGUGGCUCUCAAGUGCCCCUCACAGCGUCUUCUGGAGCGCCAGUUCGUAUCUGA